AUGGGCAAUCUAUCAAAUCAACUCACUAAAUUGUACCUGGGAACAAAUCAACUGUCAGGAACCAUUCCACAAGGAUUUGGAAACUUUGUCAACCUAAUUCGACUUGGCCUUGAAGAAAACUAUCUUUCAGGGGUCAUUCCAAGAGAUUUUGGCAAAUUACAAAAUUUGCAAAUUCUAAGUCUAAGCCUAAAUGAGUUGUCAGGACAGAUGGUCUCUACUCUAUGCAACGCCACCGGUCUAUCCGAGCUGUAUUUGUCGACCAACCAGUUUGAAGGGGGCAAUAUAUUUGACAAUGUUCUUAUGAACUGUCAAAAUUUGCAAAUUCUGGAUAUAUCUCAAAACAACUUCACUGGAUUUAUAUCACCACAUUUUCUGGAGACGCACUCAUCACUGAUUGCUAUGGGAUUAAGUGAAAAUUCUUUCACUGGUUCUCUGCCUCCUGAAGUUGGAAAGCUUGUACAUAUGGUGAAUUUCUCGGUUUCCCACAACCAACUUGCUGGAGCUAUACCCAUCUCACUUGCUGACUGUUCAGAUCUGGAGAAUCUUUAUAUGGAUGCCAAUUUUUUCCAAGGAACAAUUCCACCAAAUUUGGCUUCUUUGAAGAGCAUCCAACAAUUAGACCUUUCAAGUAAUAACUUGACUGGUCUAAUACCCAAAGAACUUGAGAAGCUUCAAUUUUUGAGGUACUUAAACCUUUCCUAUAACGACAUCGAGGGUGAGAUACCGAACACUGGAGUCUUCAGUAUUGCAAGUCAAAUAUCAUUGACUGGCAACAACAAACUCUGUUGUGCCGCAAGCCCUAACAAACUCUGUGGAGGCAUUCCAGAAUUGGAGUUCCCACCUUGCCCAGUGAUCAAGGGGAAAAACAGAGGAAAGCUGAAGGUUGUCAUAUUGCUGUCCAUUGUUUUACCAGCAACGCUUCUGGUUCUCGGUGCAUUGUUGUUAUAUUUCUUGGUACAUCGAAAAAGAGAAAGAAGAAUGGUGACAGGAUUCUCUAGCAUGCCUACAAGAGUCAAUAAGCUCUUGCGAAUUUCUUACCAUGAACUUCUUCGUGCAACUUCUAGAUUUUCUCCAGAAAACUUAAUUGGUUCAGGAAAUUUUGGAGCUGUCUACAAAGGAAGGCUAGAAAAACAUGGCAACAAGCUUGUAGCAGUUAAAGUUCUUGAUCUUCGAAAGAAUGGAGGUUCGAAAAGUUUUAAGGCGGAGUGCAAAGCAUUGAGAAAUAUUCGCCAUAGAAACCUCGUUUCUGUCGUGCGUUAUUGCUCCAGUAUUGAUUCCAAGGGUGAUGAAUUCAAAGCUCUAGUCUAUGAGUUGAUGGAAAAUGGAAAUCUGGACUUGUGGCUGCAUCCUUCAGAGACAACUGAUCAGGCAACAAGCUCAAGAAGUCUUAAUCUUUCUCAGAAGCUGAACAUUGCAAUUGAUGUGGCUUCUGCAUUGCAGUUUCUUCAGAACCACUGCGAAGCUGAGAUUGUUCACUGUGAUCUAAAACCAAGUAACAUUUUUCUUGACAAUGAUCUUGUUGCUCAUGUGGUAGAUUUUGGAUUGGCAAGGCUUCUCCCGAAACCCGUCAACAGAUCUUCCGAGCAAGAAGGCAGCAGUACUAUUGCUAUAAAAGGAACAAUCGACUACGCAGCCUCAGUUUUUCUUUUACUACCCAAUAAUAAUAUGUCUCGAAACAAAAUCUCAGAGUAUGGAAUGGGUCUUGCGGCAUCAACUCAGGGGGAUGUCUACAGCUACGGUAUUCUUUUGUUAGAGAUGAUUACAGGAAGGAGGCCAACAGAUGAUACAUUCGUGGGUGAUCUUGAUCUACAUAACUAUGUUAAUGGGGCUUUGCAUGAACGAGUUUCUGAGAUAGCGGACCCGUUGCUUUUUCUUGAAGGAGAUGAAAACAGAAAUAUGACUCCUGGAGGGAAAAAUAGCAAUGGUGGGAAAGAGAUGGAGUGCAUUAUUUCCCUGCUGAAAAUUGGACUUAUGUGCUCUGCAAGAUUACCAAAUGAUAGGAUGCAUAUGAAUGAAGUAGUCAGAAAAUUACAUCUCAUUAAGGAUGUUUUCCUUGGUGUCAGGGUGCAUCAAGAAAAUCUUGAAGCUUAA